AAGUCUCAAUAACAAUAACAAUACCAAUGUUUUCACAGAGUAGUGGUGAGUUUUGUGAAAGCUGAAAACUGAAAUUCUAUGCGGAGCCUCGAUCGAUCGCAACAACAACAGCAUGACCGAAAGCUCUUCGUCUCCGUUUCCACCAUCAUUUCACGCUUUCUCUUUGGACAGGCGAUUGAAACGUACUCUCUCCGAUUUUGCUAAUUUGUCAAUCUCUGAUUCCUCUCAAAACUGGUUGGAAAUCAAUGAGAGGCCAUUCAAGCGUUCUCUAUUGGAUUUUGGAAAUCUAUCCAUCUCCGAUUCUUCAUCUUCUCAAAACGUUGGUGCUGACUCAGAAACAAAUGUGGCUGAGAGCUCUCCAGCUGCUCCUCCAUCCAAGCAUGUUUUCGUUAGGGUGAAACGAAAACCUUUUCAGCCUCCACUUGAUGCUUUCUGGUUGGAAAUCAAUGAGAGGCCAUUGAAGCGUCCUCUCUUGGAUUUUGGAAAUCUAUCAAUCGCCAAUUCUUCUCAAGACAUAGAAUUUCAUAACAAGAAGGUUUUGGUGCAACAUCUGAAGACAAUAAGCAGCUCUGAGGUCACUAUUGAUAUUGUGCGAUCAUUUCUGGAACCUCGUUCCAGAAGUGCUUCUAAAUCUGAGUCGAAAGUUGAGAAAAGAAAGAACUUCAAAAAAGUUAAUAAGCAAGACCAGUUCUUGUUUAAAGGUAAUCAAGAAAAAGAGUCUUCAGCUAAAGAUGCUCGCUUUGAGCAAAUAUUGAAGAACAGGACUGCAAUAAAGAAGACAGCAGCUGAAAAGGCAUUACAUGAAAUAUGCCAUUUCUAUGACAUUGUUCGCAUUGACUGUGAAGAAAAAAUUAGGGAGGUGCAACAGGAGGAUAUCUGCUUGGAGGAUCAAAGACUUUUGGCUAACUUCAUGCCUUUACUAAUAGAUGUCAUUCCUAAGGCUGCUGCAGAGAUUGAAGCUGAUACAAGUGUUCAUUCCACACAAGAUACAGAGGACUAUGUUUAUGACCUCUAUACUGUGAUGGAUGAGAUGAUCUUUGAAGAAGAUUCUUCAUGUUGUUAUCCGCUAGUUCAAGUUGAUGAUGAACAUUUUUAUGAUGGGCCUGACAAUUUGGAUUAUGAAACUGACGACUCAAGUGGCAUUUCCCUGUGUCAAGUUGACGAUGAACCUUUUUUUUAUGGUUUCGAUGUUCCGGAUUGUGAAAAUGACCUCUCAAAUGACAAUUCAGUCAAUGAUUGUGCCGCCAUGUUUUCGGAAGAAGAAGAUUCGCCCAAGUUUUCGGAAGAAGAAGGCUCACCCAAGUUUUCAGAAGAAGAAGGUUCACCCAGGUUUUCAGAAGAAGAAGGUUCGCCCAAGUUUUCAGAAGAAGAAGGUUCGCCCAAGUCGGAAGAAGAAGUUUUGCCCAAGUUUUCGAAAGAAGGUUCUGAGUCUAAAUCAGAAGAAAGAAAGAAUGACAGUUCUUGUAAUGAAUUGUCAGAUGUAAAAAUGUAGGCAAUGAUGAUGAGGAUGUGGAUGAUGAACAUCAUGUUUUUUCUAAAGCGGUGCUUCUGAUCCAUUGUAUGACUAAGAUUUUAAUGAUUAUGAAGGUCACGGUGCAGGCAAUGAUGAUGAUGCUGAGGAUGUGGAUGAGGAACAUUGGAAGUGGUCUUACCGAUGAAGCCGUCAGAUUGUACAUAAGUUCCUGCAAAAAAAUUGUUGGCUUUUAAGAUUUUAUAAUCUUUCAAAAAUCAGACUGUACAUAAGUUCCUGCAAAAAAUUGUUGGCUUUUAAGAUUUUAUAACCUUUUAAAUAUCAGAUUGUACAUAAGUUCCUGCAAAAAAUUGUUGGCUUUUAAGAUUUUAUAAUCUUUCAAAAAAAAAAAAUUUGUAUUAUAUAUGUAUGUUUUUUAUAAGCAUAUUAUAUAUUUAGUUGUUGAUGUUUA